AUGUCAGCGCCCCUCCCAGAUACCGCUGCCCCAAGCGGAUCACGACCCCCACGUUCAUCAAGGCCGAGACGCCGAGGGCGGGGUCCUGCGAAUCGCGAUGCGCAGCAACAAAGACCUGCUACUACGAGCGAACCUCAGAACCCAGCCGCUGCGCAAUUGCAGCCAACACACCCUCAGCCAUCCCCGAAUACAACCCCUCAGUCUGAUCAACACAAUGACCAGCGCUCUCAGAGAGGUGGAAGAACCAGAGAAGGAAGAGGGAGGAGACAGCGCAACAAUGGAACCCCGCGGAGAGGUCAAGGCUCAAAUGAAGCAAAUGAAGGAACUGAAGGACAAAAUCCACGGCCUGAGGUGCGAUCCCGCGGUAUGAGAGCGCGGGGUUUUGAGGCUCAAUUGACGCGGCCUGAGCCGUCGGGUGAUACAGCAUUGGAUGGGGUGGGGCACCAUAACGAUAAUGCUUUAAGAGCAGAUGUGCCGGCUUUUGUACCAGGCAUGCCUCCCUCUGAUGCUCCCCGCCAUCCACAUUCCGAAUCGGCGCCAUCUGCGAAAGGGAAAGGGAAAGCUAGACAACCCAGGGCACCGCCGCAACCACCGAAGGUUACAACGAAGUCCACUGCGGCCGACCUGGCAACCCGAAUCCACGAAGAUAUCUCCCAUAAUCUAUACGAAUGUCCCAUCUGCUGCAGCGAGCUAGGUCGCAGAUCUCGUGUUUGGUCAUGUGAACUUUGCUGGACAGUCUUCCAUUUGAGUUGUGUGAAGAAAUGGUCCAAGAACGAAGGUGCUUCUGCCCAGAGGGCUUCGGCCCAGGAGGACGGGCAGGGUAGUUCCACUCCGCGUGCUUGGCGUUGUCCGGGCUGCAAUCUUUCGCAUGAGAACUUCCCUUCCAAUUACUCUUGUUGGUGUGAGAAGGAAGUCGAUCCUAGACCGCUGCCUGGGUUGCCGCCACACUCUUGUGGUCAGACUUGCUCGAGACCGCGUAAGGGAUGUCCCCAUCCUUGUGAUACGACUUGUCAUGCCGGUCCAUGUGCUCCUUGUACUGCCAUGGGACCUACGCAGGAUUGCUUCUGUGGUUUGAACUCGUCGACAAAACGAUGUCAAGAUACCGAUUAUGAAAAUGGCUGGAGUUGUGGUGAGAUUUGUGGCGAACUUCUCCCUUGUGGAGAACAUACCUGUCCGCUGCCCUGUCAUGAGGGUUUGUGUGGAGGCUGUGAAGUCGACAUCGAGGCUCGUUGCUAUUGUGGAAAAAUGCAGACAGAGAUGUCAUGCAAGUCCAAGGAUGACGAGAAAGAUAGUCGAGUCAUUCAUGAGGAUGGCUCUGACGAAGAAUGGACCGGCUGCUUUGGUUGCGGGGAGACUUGCAACCGCCCUCUAGACUGCGGCAAACAUUCAUGCCGGAAGGACUGUCACCCUCAAGACUCACACCCUGCUCACUGUCCACGAUCACCAGACGUGGUAUUGGAUUGCGCCUGUGGAAAGACGCCGCUGUCUGAGAUCCCGGGGUACACUCCGCGAACCUCUUGUGAAGACCCAAUUCUCAACUGUCAGAAGCCAUGUGGCAAGAGUCUGCCAUGUGGUCACCCUUGCGAUAAAUUGUGUCACACCGGGCCCUGUGGCGCUUGUUUGCGCCAGGUUCGCAUCAAGUGCCAAUGCGGUCGUACUGAUAAUUCAACUAUUUGUCAUCAAGGCCAUAACGAGCCUCCCAUGUGUCCGCGCCAGUGCAAGGCGACUUUACAUUGCGGUCGUCACACCUGCACUGAUCGAUGCUGCCCAGGAGAACAACGGGCGAACGAACGCCAGGCUGCGCGUCGUAAGCUCAGACCUCAUCUGCGCCCCGCCGAGGAAGACAUCGAAGCAGAGCACAUCUGCACUCGUAUAUGUGGUCGGAUGCUGAAAUGCGGAAGACACACAUGUCCAGAGCUUUGUCACAAGGGUGCCUGCAAUACUUGCAGGGAGGCAGUAUUCGAAGAGAUCUCGUGUAAUUGCGGAAGAUCUGUUCUCUACCCUCCCCAGCCAUGUGGCGCAAAGCCACCUUCUUGUAGUUUCCCAUGCGAGCGUCCCAAGCGAUGUGGCCAUCCUCAACCCGCGCAUACUUGUCACACGGAUGAAGAGAACUGCCCUAAGUGUCCUUUCUUGACAGAGAAGCCGUGUUUGUGCGGUAAACGUGUAUUGAAGAACGUUCCUUGCUGGCUAGCCGACGCACGCUGUGGACAGGUCUGUGGACAAAAGCUCAAAUGCGGCUCUCAUUUCUGCCGGAAAGAUUGUCAUCGUCCGGAGGACUGCGAGGACGCAACCAAGCCUUGCACUCAGGCUUGUGGAAAGAACAAGUCUAUCUGUGGUCAUCCUUGCACAGAGCAAUGUCACGCCCCUUACGCAUGCCCCGAGAAGACCCCAUGUUCGUCCAAGCUUGCGGUGACAUGUGGCUGUGGACGACUGCGUCAAGAAAGACGCUGCAAUGCCGCCAAGGCUGUCACAGUAAAGGGCCAGGUCCAGUCACCCCAGCGCACACCGGACCUGACUUCGUUGGUCUGCGACGACGAAUGUACUCGCCUAGAACGCAAUCGCACCCUGGCAGGUGCGCUCGGUGUUGAUAUCAAUCCAACGACCACAAUGCAGACCAUCACAGCCGAGAACCUUCCCUAUUCGGAGGAAACUCUCAACCAGUACAUCAAACUGGCAGCAUCUGCACCUCUCUCAACUUUGCAAAGCAUUGAAGCCAGUCUGCAUUCUCUUGCAACGGCAGACAAGUCCACCCGCUCUUUCCGCUUCCAACCCGCCAAGCCUACCCUCCGCGCAUUUGCCCACUCCCUCGCCGCAGACUGGGGCUUCGUAACAGAAAGUCACGACCCUGAACCACACAGACAUGUCUUUGUCUUAAAGCCUGUUGUCUGGAACCCGCCGCGCUUCGGCACGGGGGCUGGCUCGUCAAUCGGUAUUGGCGGCAUGAGCGUGCGCGAAUGCGUCAAGCUGCGCGAGCGCGAGCGUUCAAAAGAAGCAGAGGCCCGUCGUGUCGCUGCCAUUGAAGCAAAGGCUGUACGCGAAGCCACCAAAGCCCAGGCCAGCAGUGGAGACGGUGGUUGGGCCCAGGUUGCUUCUAAGAGUCGAGGCGGAAGCGGUGCCAGCACGAGGAGUGGUACACCCGUUCAAAGCCCUUGGGUCAGCAAGUCUAUCUAUGCUGCUCUCGAUGGCGAAGGAGCCAAGAAGGAACGUCUCGUUCUUCGUUCAGGUGUUGGGGCUGGCAAGUCUCUGCGUGCAAAGACCCCUGCUGAUGAGGUUGUUGAUAAUUGGGAGGAUGCUCAGGAUGCUGAAGAAAUUCAAGAGAAGCAGGAAGAAGAGAAGAAGAUGGAAGGUGAUCAGGUUCCGGACCAGACAGUUCCUGGGGACUCUGAGGACCCUGUGGACCUGGUGGGAACCGAAACCGAACUUGAGCCCGAGGCAGAGGUCCAGGCAGAGGCUCAGCCUGCUGAGGCUGAAGCUACUGCAAACGACGUCGAAGUUUAA